GGGAAGGGAGGAACUAGACUGGCUCUAUUUAGACGGUAGAAAGUGAGGGCUCGGAACCGAAACGUGGUUUUCUUUAGCAGCCCUCCUGCUCCGGGACGCGGCUGGCGUUCCCUGGCGCAGCAGAAGCUGCCUGACUUGAUCUCUGGUUUUGACUGUACAAUUUCAGGGCUUGGCCCCCACAAAUCGGCUGGAUAGAUCCAGCAUGGCUUUCCGCCAAAGCUCCCCGCCUACCCCACGUCGCCCUGCCGCACUGACCCCUUGGGGUAGGGAUACCACCCACCCAAGGGAAAAGGGAACUGGGUGGCACCUCCUCCAUUGUUUAUCCUGGCUCCCUAGUGGAGGAGGAGGGCCCUUGGUUUCACCAGGAAACAGGAGGGGGGAUAAUGCUGGGAGCCACAGGGAACGAGGAGUAGAGGCGAGCGGUGCAGCAAGGGGGAGUGACCGCCGGGGCGGGGGUGCAGGAGGAUCCGCUGCUCCCAGGGCGUGCGCGCCAGGGCUGGCGCUUCCCUGGAGCCUGGUCUGGGGCGCGCAGCGGGGGGACCGGGAGAGCUGCUCCUCUGCCCCGGCGCCGGGGUCUGCUGGCCGCGCGGGGAGCAUGGAGGAGGCAGGCGGCCGCCUGGACGCGCAGUACGAGCGCCUGGCGCUGGACACGGCGCUGAGCACCCUGCUGGCCGUGCUGCUGUACGUGGCGGUGAAGGUGAGCGUGGACAGGCUCCGCCACUGGAGGGCGAGGGUCUCGGUGCUGAUCGUGGGGGCUGGCCCCGUGGGGCUGACGGCCGCGCUGGUCGCUGUCCGCUCGGGCAAGGUGCUGAAGCUGACGCUGCUGGACGAGCGCUACCGGGCAGCCCUGCUCUGCCGACCCCAGCAGAUCGCCCUGCAGCCGCGCAGCGUCCGGUUCCUGCUGGCCCUGGGGGUGGAUUUCGAUAACAUGGAGGGCUGCUGGGACAACGAGCACUUCUUCACCCGCAUCGGCGUCUUCCAGGAGCACCUGCUGAGCAUCCUGGAGCAGCAGAAGUACAGGCAGGAGAUCCGGAUCCUGCUGGGCACCAAGUUCUCAGAUGACUUUAUAAGGAAGAGUUUAGCCUCUGAGUGGCCACAAAUAAUUGUGAUAGCAGAUGGAUCCUGCGGAGAAUCAAGCUCAGUUCUUGGAAUCAGUCCAGAUUACAUUGUGGAAUCCUGUAAUGCUUAUGGAGCAAAUGCAGCUAUUGAGAGGCGUGAUCAGAGACAGGUGCCAACUCCAGAGAUCCGUGCUCACAGUCUAUAUUUUGAUCUCUCUGCUUAUGGAAUGGAUAUAUCUUCCACGGGUAAGGAAUCUCUGAAGCCAGGAUUUCAUCUGAAAAUCUAUGGGACAUUCCGUAAUCGAUACAUGGCUUUGGCAUGUCCAGCUUCUGAUUCCAAAGUUGUUAGAUUUCUACGGCAUACUCUCAAUUCCUCAAAUUUUUUGAAUAAAAUCACUAUGUUCUUUGUGAGUGACGCAAGCAUCUGCUACAAAAAGUCAACAGUUUAUUUCUACCACUUAUCAAUGUAUAGUGGCUUGAUAAUGAAGAACAUAUUCCACCAAUCUUUCAAUGCCUACAAGAUGGAUAUUGAACCCAGGGUGAAUGAAUUGACUCUCCAUCAUGUCCAGUGUAGUAGAAGACUCUUUGAGAUCAUGCUUUCUCAUAGGAGGGUAACAGCAGCCUUCAUUGAGGGGGACAAUGUAGUGGUCACUGUGGAAGGAGAAGCAGCCAGAGUGCUGAAUUUCGACACUGGCUGUGGAGUUAAUCUUGGAUUGAGAGGCUUGGAAUCCUUGGAAGAAUUAAUUUACAGGGUUGCUACAGCAGUGGAUCAGAAUGAUAUCUUUGAAGCACUGUCUGCCAAGAUACGACACUCCAAGCAAGUGUCAGAGGAUUUUAAGCAGAACGGAUUAUUUACCACAGUUUUUGAAUAAACAGGUGGAAGGAACGCAAUGCAGCCCUGUGGAGAUCUGGGCCUAUUUAUAGGACAAACAAAAUGAGUGGUAACUGCAUAACUCUGACUGCAAAAAAAAUCCAGGACCUCAAAUUCAGCACAGCUAUCUAAAACUUAAAGGGGUGGCUCAACCGUUUUAGGAUCCAAAGUCACUUUCUCCCCCCCCCGCCCCAAUGGAGGAAUUGAUGUUCUUUUUGCUGAUGCUACAGUCCUUGCUCCAUGGACUAGUCUGAGUGACUUCACUGGGAUGCUCAUGUGAUACCGGGCUGCAGGGUCAAGCCCCUUAAUAGGGAAAAAAAAAUUAAGUGGCCUCAGCUUGUCCUCUGAGAUUGUGGUCCAGCUCUUAUUGAAAUUAUUGGCAAACCUCCCACUGAUUCCAGUGGUGCAAGCCCCAGGUCUGCAAUGUGAUGCACAUGGGCAGAUCCUUGGGCCCACAUGGAGCUCCACAGAAGUCACAGCUUAAUCUCAGAUGUCUGGUUGAAGACUCAUGUAUCUAUUUCCUACUCUGGGGUAAUACAAAUGAGAUGAGAGUAAUGCUGGUAGAUUGGGGAAUAAAUCUGGAUCUGGCAAAGGGUUUGGGUGCUCUCUUGAGAGAUGAUGUGUCCCCUACUUGUCAGAAUUUGCAGUUUAAGGGUAGGGUUAAAUUCCCAGCUGCUCUAAGAGAAUCAAGUAGUAGUGGCCAAAACAUCAUUGUAAAGACUGCAACUGUUUCCUUCGGGUGUAAAUUUUGUUGUCAUGGUUCCAGCUAGAGCUGGUCAAAACAUGGAAAAUAAAAUGGUGAAAGGUGUGAGUAUGAUGUAAUUUUUGUUCUAUAAGUUUUGGAAGGGAAAACAUUUUUUGUCUGUUUGAAAAUUUUCACAGAAAUUUUCAAUAAAAAACUCAGUUUAGAAUAUUGGAGGGGAGGAUGUUCCUUCCUAUUUUGGGGGGAGGUUUGGUGUUUCUCCCCCCCCACGUCUCCCUUUUCCAUUUUACCACUCAGAAAGGGUUUGUUUUAAAGGUUAAUCCAGUGUGUAUUGUAUCAACUUGAAUUAUGAAACAAGUAUUUGAGACUUCUACUUACCACUGCAACAGGCAAACUGGUGAAAACCUACAGUCAGUGGAAUCUUAGGAAGGUUUUUGUACAGAUAACUAAAUAUUCACAUGUAUCCUCAAUUUUCAGAAACGCACUUUCAUUAAAUCACAGUACUAAGGUCAAAUUA